CCUUCCCUUGUCAUAGGUAACGUACUUACACCGCCAAAAUAAUAAAUCUGCUCGGUGCUCAGCCUCCAAUAUAACACCAGGACAGUCUUCUCGUCCCUCAUCCACCACAGUCUAGAGAGAGAAAGUGAGGGGGGGGGGGGAGAGAGAGAGAGAGAAAUGAAGGGCACGUCGAAGGUGAUAAUGGGGGCCACACUGGUGAUGGUGGUGACCCUCGCCAUAGUCGUAGGCUUGAUCUUGGUGCUGCUGGCCGAGCUCUACUGCUCACUCCUCCUCCGCCGACGCCAGCACAAAACCAACAGCUACUCCAACAUCGUCGCUGACUCUGCAGCCGCUCCUCAUCUGCCCUCAACACAGCAGUCUCAAGACCACCUAACCGGCCCUUCUCUCGGCAGCUUCUUAGGCAUUCUUUGCGCUCCGAGAAGCUUCCUUUCCCUACCGGUUUCUUCCAGAGAAGAAUACUGUGCGGUUACGAAGAAGCAGCACUCUCAGCUCCUCCAAGCUUUCGACAUCCCGGUCCAAAACCAAGAAAUGUUAACAAACACAUCUCCCUGCCAUAUAGGGAUAAUUAUGUCAAUCCCCUCCCCAUCAAUUUCUUUUGUAACUUCCCCGCAACCAACCCCAGAUGACAAAAUUAGUCCCAGUCACAGUGCUAAUUGUAACGAAAACGCUGGUGGCGGCAGCAGAGGUUGCGGGGGUGGAGCUGCAGAGUAUUUUGUGUACAUUUCCAACCUCAUUUACGACAACGAAACGAUCGGCAGGGCAGCGGAACAAACACUCCUUUCCAAACGCCGGACAUGUCGCCAUCAAGGAUGGAAAUGGUGGGGUUCUUCUUCUUCAAGCUCCGGUACGAAGAGGGCGCAACCAACCCCCUCAGGUCCGUCAAACCCAAUUACCACGCCUCCUUUGACUCCGUUGAAGAAGCACCCUGCGGAGGCUUGCUCUGUUUCUCUCAGGGAUGCAAGGUCUCUAGGCACUUCGGGUAGUGAUUCCAAUAGUAACAACGGCCUCUCUUCCUCCUCCUCUGGUUCUCCUUCCACUUCUCCUUCAUGGUGAUUAAUUAGAGCUUUUGUAUUUCUUCGUUUUUUCAAUUUUUUUUUUUAAUUUUAGUUAUAUGUUUUUUUUCAUAGCAAAUGCGAAUUAGGUAGGUUGGUUAGUUUAUUAUAUUUGUAUCUGGUUUUGUGCAUCCAAGUUCGAUUCUCUCUAUGUAAUUCUCCUCGUAGUUUAGGAUAUUAUCUUGUCACAAAGGGAUGGGUUUUUUGUGAUCUACAGUGGGAGAGAAUAACUUUCCUUAAACGGUGCCAACUUUUUGAUAGAGUUGCCCUACUGAAGCAAUUCUCACAUUGACCAGGUUCACUUGGGUUAGGUAUGAUCAAAUACAUAGAUCUAUUUUUGAUAGAGUUGCCCUGUUAGAGCAAUUCUCUAGAGGCCUCAUUUGUGAGAUGUACAAAUGACGUGGCUGAUAUUCUUACGUAAGUUAUUCUUCUGUAUUGAGACACUUACAUGCAUCAUUCGAACGUUAUUUUUGCAUCCUAGCUAAUAAUUCAAUGCUUUUUACGACAUUGAUAACA